AAAGUCCUGGCUGGACCAGCAGCUGCUUGCUCAGAAACGCCUAGCCAGGGGUGCGCUGAGCAGUUCUGUAGUGACUUCGGGAAUCUACCAACCAGAGCACUAUUUAGGAGUUUCUGGAAAGGAGGUCACCUGGGAAAAUAGGAGCAAUUCUGAGUAAAGUGCACCUUAAAGGAGCCGCGGUCCAACUCUCCAGGAAGUGCUCCCAGAGCCAUGAGAGGCCGGGACCAAAACGUGACAGCUCUGACCGAAGAGUUUCUGAGUAAGCCGGAGGCCCCUAACCAGGCAGAAGGCAACCGGGAUGAAAUCCUUCACUCCAAACCCGGAGCCGCAUUUGAGCUGAGCUCUUGGAAGCGACCGCGUUUCCCUGGCGACGAGGCGGCUCAGAGUGAUGACGCAGGGCUUCAACUAGCAGCGACCCGAGUCAAAGAAGGGAUGACGUCACGUUCCGGGAUGGGGUGGGUGGGGGCCGGGGCGGCACCUCCAGCCUGCUCCGCCCUCAGAGGUCAGGAUAUUCCUGAUCAAUAGAGUCUGUCCUACGCCGCCGGGUUGACUUAGGACCACAAAUCCCAAGCUGGAUCCGGGAGAUGAUUGUUGGUUAGAGCAAAAGCCCUUUGCCUCUAUUGCACAAUGAAUCAGAUCUCUGGAAGAGGAUCCAGUUGAUUCAGAGAAUUCCAGAACAGUACUUUAGUGGAAAGGACUUACCUGCUCUGUGAGUGAGAUCCCUGAGUGUUGAGUGCAGACCAACACUGGAACCUGUAGUUACAGCUUCAGUGAGCAGGUGACGGUACCAUGGGAUCCCCACCAGAAAACAGAGACAGUGCUUUGUGGUCAGACAUCCCCAAGGGCCCCCUUAGUGCCUACCGAGCAAGAGCCUCUUUCAACUCCAAGGAGCUGCAGCUCUUCUGGGACGGCCAGGAUGCACUCCACUUCAAGAAAACCAUCUUCUCAGCUUUGGAGAAUGAUCCUCUCUUUGCCCGCUCAUAUGGGGCCGAUCUGCCUCUAGAGAAGCUACGAGAACUGAACUUUCUUCGCUGCAAGCGAGUCUUUGAAUAUGGCUUCUUCAAAGUAGAGGACCUGCUAAAGAACCCCCUGAAGAUUCUAGUAUUGAUUAACUGCCUGGGCAUGUACGACUGGUCCCUGGCCAACAAAUGUGUCCUCCACAUGUUGGUUUUUGGAUCCACAGUUCUCAGUUCUGGUUCUGAGCAGCAUUUCAAGUACCUUGAGAAGAUCUAUAGCCUGGAGAUUUUUGGCUGUUUUGCUCUCACUGAACUGAGUCAUGGGAGUAAUACCAAGGCCAUGCGAACAACAGCUCACUAUGAUCCUGCUACCCAGGAAUUCAUCUUACAUUCCCCGGAUUUCGAGGCUGCCAAAUUCUGGGUGGGCAACCUGGGCAAGACAGCAACUCACGCAGUAGUGUUUGCCCAGCUGUACAUGCCAGAUGGCCAGUGCCAAGGGCUGCAUUCCUUCCUGGUGCAGAUUCGGGACCCGAAGACCCUGCUUCCCAUGCCAGGGGUGAUGGUCGGUGACAUGGGGAAGAAGCUGGGGCAGAACGGCCUGGAUAACGGAUUCGCCAUGUUCAACAAAGUUCGGAUUCCUCGCCAGAACCUGCUGGACCGUACUGGGAAUGUCACCUCUGAGGGCACUUACAACACACCCUUUAAGGAUGUCCGGCAGCGUUUGGGAGCAUCAUUGGGCAGCUUGUCCUCAGGACGCAUCUCCAUCAUUAGCAUGUCUGUGGUCAACCUGAAGCUGGCCGUGUCCAUAGCCAUCCGGUUCUCGGCCACACGGUGUCAGUUUGGACCCACGGAUAAGGAAGAGAUUCCCGUCCUUGAAUAUCCACUGCAGCAAUGGCGCCUACUUCCAUACCUGGCAGCUGCCUAUGCAUUGGAUCACUUUGCUAAGACAAUCUUCUUGGACCUGAUGGAGCUGCAGCGCUCCCGGCUCAGGGGAGACCACAGUGACAGGCAGGCAGAACUCGGACGUGAGAUCCACGCACUGGCAUCGGCUGGCAAGCCUCUAGCGUCCUGGACAUCCCAGCGGGGAAUUCAGGAGUGCCGUGAGGCGUGUGGGGGACACGGCUAUCUGUCCAUGAAUCGUCUGGGUGACCUCCGAAACGACAACGAUCCAAACUGUACCUAUGAAGGUGACAACAACGUCCUGCUGCAGCAGACCAGCAACUACCUGCUCAGCUUCUUGGAUCAUCCUUUCCAAGACGGAGCUCACUUCACGAGCCCUCUCAAGACAGUGGACUUUCUGGAAGCCUAUCCUGGGAUCUUGGGCCAGAAGUUCACGGGCUCCAGCAAGGCUGACUGGCUGGACUCAGCAGCCCUCCUGGCAGCCUACCACUGGCUUGUGUGUUACCUGCUCCAAGAGAGUCAUCGGAGAUACUGUCAAGAGAAAAAGUCCAGAGGCAGUGACUUCGAAGCAAGGAACAACAGCCAGGUGUACCACUGCCAGCCCCUGGCCCUGGCCUUUAUGGAGCUCACGGUGCUGCAGCGGUUCCACGAGCACACACGCAGCUCCAGCGUGCCUCCAUCUCUGCGCACCGUGCUUGGGCGGCUCAGCACACUCUACGGCCUGUGGUGCCUGAGCCAGCACAUGGCCCUGCUCUACCGAGGUGGCUACAUUUCUGGGGAACAAACAGGAAGAGCGAUGGAGGACGCCAUCCUGACGCUGUGUGUGCAGCUGAAAGACGAUGCGGUGGCCUUGGUGGACGUGAUCGCCCCUUCCGACUUUGUUCUGGGCUCCCCAAUUGGCAAAGCUGAUGGUGAGCUCUAUAAAAACCUGUGGGCAGCUGUCCUGCAGCAGAGAGGGGUGCUGGAGCGUGCCGCCUGGUGGCCCGAGUUCACUGCCAACAAAUCUGUGGCCGACAGGCUGAAGUCCCAGCUGUAGACACAGUUGGAGGGGCAGUUACAGCAGGAGCAGCUAAUCCAGAGGCCUGGACCCAGACACAGCGCUCCAAGAGACACCCAGAUGCCCAUGCUGAAAACUACUUACACCAAACCUUCUCCUUGACCCUGGUCAGCCUGUCGUACCGAUGCUCAAAUGGAGUAUUUGCAAGGGGUUUGCACAGUGUGUCUCCUCAAGGGCCUUGGAAUUUAACAAAGGACUUUGUUAUGCUCUCCUGGGGCUCAGAUAGGAAGGUAAAGUCAGGGCUCACAAUGAAAGCCUUCUGGUGAACUUUGGGAUCCGUGGAAGAUUUUCGAGACACUCUCUUCUCUCUGCUGCUGUCUGAUUCUUUAGCCCUGCUGUGGGGUGGCCAUACUUCUCUUUACCUGCCAUUUACCGCUCUCGAUCAUGGACCAUCAGAAUGAUGUAAUUUGAAGAUUUUUAUGGGAAAAAAUGUUUUAUUAACUCUUAACUCCUUUGGUGGCACCAGAAGUUUCCACUAAGGAAAGUGCUUCCACAGAAGACGUGCAUGGUGGUGGGGGCGUCCAGUCUACUCACCACAGAUGCCCCCAUUAUGUCAGUGACUGCUUGGCAGUGGUUUCAGUCCUUUGAUUUCUAAAACAGAAGAAAUGCCCAGUGCCAUCUGUUCCCACCAAGUGUCCCUCAGCAAAUUCACACACAGUGUGACCCUGCUACACUGACCAUAGCCAGACCCUUGUCUAAAAGGCACAUGUUGUCAUCCCUUCCUGCCAUGGGGGGGGGGGGGUGCCACACCAUUAGUGUUUCUGAUGGGCUGGUCUGAGCCCCAGGUGCUCACUGAGCCCAAGAGCCCCUCUCUUCACCACCUGCUCUUGGUCAGCCAACACCCCCCCUCUGGCUCAGCCCCCUCCCAGAGUCCCACGCCAGCUGAAUGGGAGCCUGCCAGCUGGAGUCUCUGUGGACCAUGAGGGCCACGUGUUCACAGAUGACGCCCUCCACCUGAAUCUACGGCUUUUCCCAACAAUGAGGACUAAGUCUUUGGUCCCCUUGGGUCCUCCCAGCUCUUGGGGUCUGUACCCCCCUCCCAUCCUGCCAUGCAAUGGUCACCUCAGCCAUCUCUUCACCUGACCAUACUUUUUUGUGUGGGAGGUUGGUUACUGCACUGUCUGAUUGGAGACUGACCAGUAUGUCACAAGAAGUGUCCACGGUCAGUAGAAUGCUACAUUAAGUUAAGUCACAUGGUCCCCAGGGUCAGGCAGUCUGACUGCAGCAUGCCCCCUGGUGGCAGAGGUGCCAACAGAUUUCAAAUUAUAGUAAAAUGGAUCAUUAGCUCUAGCUUCUGAGGGGAGGGAGAGUCAGUUUUCUUUUAACAGAAGCCACUGGUAGGUUGACCUUGCUCCAUUGCAUGCUCACACAUGCAAGAGCACAUGUGUGGCACAGAGUGGACUUGAUGGCUUUUUUUUGUCUUGUAAUGUGUACACAUGUAUGUUUUCAUACCUACCAAUUGAGUAUGUAUGUCUUGGUCUCUGGGGUACGGACUGGCUCUCUGGACAACCAGAUUUGGAUGGGUGUCCUGUUAGCAUGCAGAUAUCACAUGACUUCCAGGAUGAAUCGAGUAUCCUGCCCCCGUGCAUGUACACUCCCCCCGUCCAUCCUGAGGGUGAGGCGGGUGGCAUGUGGGGGCCUGUGGGCAGAGGCCACCUUAUUGAGACAAACUUGUAAAGGUCCCACAAAAAUGAAACAUUUGUAAACAGCAGAAAAGACUUGAAUAAUUGCAAUAAAGUGUUGAACUUGAA